UGCCUCGCCCUUGUUCAUGUCUUGGAAGUUGGAAGAAAACGACGAUGCUAAAGAAGAAGAUGAGGAUGUCGUUCAUGGUCGACAGGCCCUCUUGCUGCUGAAGUAAUUAGUUAUAGCUUUUUCGUGCGAACAACCUGAAGGUUGUCCCUGUAUUUAUCCAUAGAAUUCACUUUCAUCAAGUCAAGUCGCCCGUAUAUUCCCGCUAAAAUAUGGACACUGUCUCGGCAAAAGUUGUGUCGAUCAUCAGCUUGUUUUUCUUGACUCUCAUAUUUGCUCUUCUGCCCAUCCGUAUGUCAUCAUGGACGCUAAGUGGUGGACGAUACAAGAGAUCUGCUGUUAGUCUUGCCAGUUGUUUCUCCGGAGGAAUAUUUCUCGGAGUUGCACUCCUUCAUCUGCUGCCUGAAGUGCGUGAAAUGUUUGAAUUUGUUCUGUGCAAAAAGAAAGUGAAAUCUGAGUACCCUGUUACAGAGUUGACCGUGGCAGGUGGAUUUCUUAUUAUCCUGGUGUUUGAGCAACUUGUCCUGCUUUUCCAUCUACCGCGGCCAUCUUCAGAGUGUGACAUUGCGAACGUUCCACCUCAUGGAUGCGACAGGCAACGCGAUUGCGACAACUGCCGUCACGUGGAUGGACAGAAUGAGCAGACGAUGUUUGGAUCGGAGAACGGCGUUAUGUACGGCUCAAACAACGUAGCGAGCGGCGAGGACUCUAGCGACACUCAGCCGAUUUUGAGUCAGCAGUAUAGCAAUUCCACAUCGUCACUCAGCAACGUGCCGACAACAGACAAUUGUCUUCAGCUGGAUGAUCAGUCCAGGAUGCCACAAAGCCGAACUGAGGCGUCCCCUGCCGAUGAUCCUGCUACUGUGAGGUUCACACCACCAGGCAGUGCACGUAACGACGUAUCAUGUUCUCCCAGUGGCAGUGUAUCAUGCCGGAGUGAUUCACUCAAUGGCAAUGGUUCUAGCGCCAUGUCAUCAGUGCUUGAAUCGAACGGUAACCAUGGUAACGUGUCAGUGUCUGUGGUCGACCCAGCACGACAGGACGCUUUACAACCUCAGCUUGAUACAAAUAAUUCAACUACUGACAAAUCAUUUGGCUCCCUUGUGCUGCUGGCUGCCCUUUCACUUCAUUCCCUGUUUGAAGGAUUAGCUUUGGGCUUGCAGGGCAGUGCGAACAGUACGAUACAGAUAUUUAUCGCAGUCCUCGUCCACAAAUGUGUUCUAGCCUUUGCUCUCGGGAUACGCAUGGUCAAGUAUCAGUCGUCGACAAAGAGGAUUGUGCUGGCUGCUUUGAUAUUUGCUGCUAUGAGUCCGAUUGGUGGCACAAUUGGCAUUGCUGUUGAUUCAGAGUCAACAGAUGAAGUUGAUAGGACACUUGUGACUGCCUGUCUACAGGGAUUGGCAACCGGAACUUUUCUCUUCAUCACUUUCCUGGAGGUGAUUUCUCAUGAGAUCCAGGGAAGCCGGAGUCGAAGUGAGGCUGACUUGCAGAUGUUGCGGCUGGCAUUGAUUGUGCUCGGCUUCAUCAUCAUUGCUCUUGUGGCCUUGCACCAUGACCCCAAAGAUCAGCGGAGGGAGUGCACUUUCUGAUAAUUGUCAAUGUAUAGAUGCGUAUCCAUAUCUAUGUGCGUGUAUGGUGUGUGUGGCUGUGCGCGUAUUAUGUGUGUGCAUGUGUGAUGUAUAUGCGUGUUUUAUAAUCUUCAAAUUUUUCUACUUUUCUACUGUGUGUUUCAAGUUGACAUAUCUUGAUUUUUUUAGGGAAAGGACAGCAGUAGGCACACUUGAGACCCACGUACCAUUAUAACGCAAGCUCCAAGAAAGUCCACAUGUUUUUAUUGUCUAUUUUUGCUCUAGUAUAUGUACAUGUAACUCAAACAGUCCCAUCUCUCAUUACAUUAGAGUGGCAUGUACAUUUCUUUCACAAUGCUACUACUUGCUUGCCAAGCCUAGGGUAGGUUGGUAUCAUUGGCAAGAUUCUAUUUUAAUGUAGUUCCACUUUGAUAGGUAAUUUGGCAUUCCAGAUGGCACAGUGCUGGAUUAUGUUUCCAUCUUCUUUUUCUAUCUUUGUUCGUAUCCCACCCAGCAGUGCAUCAAAAAAUUCUAUUGUGGAUGUUGAAUUAUUUCCCUUAUUCUGCAAACCAUUUUCUUUUCCUCAUGAAACAAAUGCAGCUCAUUGUUUUG